GUCCUGAAGAUUCGCAACGCCCCGAUGAACGUUUGAUCUGCAGCCCAAGGCCAAGAUGCAUCUACCUUCGCUCGUGCUACCGACGCUUUGCCUGGGGGUGGCCAUUGGCGUGACCACCGCCCAGACCUGCGACAACGGCCUCGCGGGUGUCUCCACCGGCGUCUACUGCUGCACGCUAGGGUGUGGCACGUGCGGCGGUUCGGGCUGCUCUUCGAGAGCUGAGGGCUUGAAUGGCGACGAUUGCUGUACUUCAAACAUCGCAUCGAACGGCAUCCUGUGCGCGGACUCAGGCGCUGCGCCUUGCAUCGGCGACGUCGACGAUGACGUGUCCACCGAGACUGAGACGGAGACCGAGACCGAGCCUGUGGGUUCCUCUUACCUCGGGUGCUUCUCGGACCUGCCAGGUUCCCGUAUUUUCACGUUCGAGGCUGCCACUUACACAAUGACCGCGGAUGCCUGCUUGGCGCUCUGCGCCGACUCGGCUUACUACGGGACGCAGUACUCGGAAGAGUGCUGGUGUGGCGCCGAAGGUGCCGACUACGAUGCCAACGGCGCGGGUGUCUGCGACAUGCCCUGCGGUGGCGACGCCGACGAGAUCUGCGGAGGUUUCUACGCCAUCUCGGUCUACGAGAACGACGGGGAACCCGUGGAGUUCUCGUGCUCCGGCGACGCCGGAGUGUCGUCCGGCUCUUCCUGCUGCGAAGCCGACUGCGACACUUGCGGAGGCUCGGGUUGCAGCUCCCGCGGCUCCGGCGCCGCUUCGUGCUGCACCUCGAGCAUCCAGUCCGCUGGCACCCUUUGCUCCGACUCCGGGGCCGCCCCGUGCAUCCUCUAAGUUUCUACCCUCGCUGUUAGAUGUUGCGCCGCGUAUCGCGUAUCUCGCCCAUCACGGCUUGCCGACCAACAGGGCGAUGGUAUCGCUUCUUCUCCACCAAUCCUGGAGAAACUUGGCGCAAUUGGUGUCGUUUCAAGACCUCUGGAGAUUGGGAAGAUUGGGCUUGUUCAAGUAAUAUUCUACAGUAGAGGUUACCAAGCUGUCUCGGGACUUGUAUUGACAGGUUGUGAGUAUAGCGACGAGUACUCUUCAUUGACUUAGAGGCUGCAAAACGUGUCCGGGCGAUGAACGUUUGCGGGGUAGAGGUGUAGAGAGAGAGCCCAGGAGGCACGGAAGAAGGGUAGGAGAGAUCGCUAGGCAGGGACAUAGCUCUACGCCGCCACGAUACUCGAACGUGUGUGUUAGAUGUGUAUUGUACGUGGUACGCAUAUCAUCGUGGGCGCAGCAACUCCCGUCUGAACCGCCUGCUCGGUUCUGCCUAAGACAGUGAUAGCGGGACACCAAUACCACACCAUGGUAAUAAAACUGUGGUGUGCGUAUUAGAUGAUACGCGAUGUGUGUGUUAGAUGUUGUGUAGUGGUUCGCCGGGGGACUCAGCUCAGCCAAACAUCCGGUCUAAAUCGUUCGUUCGUGCUUGCCUAGACUACCCAAUCGACAAAGUUGCUCUUAACUGACUCCGACAGCCUGUUUCGUUUCAUGUUUCUCCUGCAUCUUGUGUUCUUUGGCCCGAAAGCAGACACCUUGAAACGCUGACUCGGUUGUUUCCAGCCGGCGGGGGUUGUCUGAAGAAUAAUCGUUGGUGUAUGUUUGUUGUGCGGUCUGCGUUGGUUUUGGGGACGCAAGGAGGCCACGAUAGACGCGACUAUAUACUAUCUUGGUGAUAAGAGAUGGAGGCACGUCGUGCGGAUCGUUCCUGCCUUAUCAUGAAAGUUGUUGGUUGAAUUACAUAGACUUGGCGCAGAGUGCGUCAAGUAGAACUUGACGUGGAGUGCUUGAGGUAGAGCUUGCUGUAGUGUGUGAGGUAUCGUCACCCACAAUGGACGACCGUAGUGCAGCCAGUCGCGUUUUGCAAAGCUUCCACCAAUACGGGUCGUUGGGAGUUGACUCGGGGAGAGGCCAUCUAUCCAAGCCGCCUCUCGACGACGUUCUGACUACUGUGUGGCGUUGUGAUGUGGUACUAUUCGUACAUAAAUGGGUGAAAAAUCUGUCAUUGAGCUUGGCGAAGAAAAGGGAUAUAAAGAGCACGCGGGCACAAUACGCACUGUCUGCGAUGGACUGCGAGGGCAGACAGUGUGUGCCGAGGGCGAAAGACUGCACUCCCCCAACAAGCCAUUCGCGGACCGCCGGCGGUACAUAGCAGAGAGGGCACACGCGAGUGUGUCCAAGAUAUCUCGGUGGAACAACUUCGUUUCAUGGCGAUGGCCACCCGCACCAGGAAGUCUCUCCGACGGGAGAGGGCAACGCUCUUGCCCCA